ACUAUAUUUCAAAAAUGAUUAGGACAAAUUGCAAAGUUGCUUCGAAGUGGCCUUUCUAUAACUUACUAAAUGCCUUUAACACAGUACGGUAUAGAAAAGAGGGCAAAGGGUUAAUAGAGGAGUAACAGUGUGGCAGGAAAAGGUAAGUAGAGUAAGACAGAGCAGCAAGAGUUAAGUUAAAGUAGCAUGGCACAAAUGAGUUACUGUAGGGGCUGAGACAGAGGGAAAGGGUUAAUGGGGGAAUAAACUACAAAAAUGUUUCAUUGAAAAGAACAGUGUGGCAUGGCAGGGGUUAAUUUGGCAGACAUUUAGCUAUAAUGUAGUGCAGGGCGACUGGAAUUGGUAAAUAGUAGAGCAGUUGGGUGCAGGAGGCUGUAGAAUGUAGUAGAAAGCAAUAGAAUGGGCCAGUGAGGAGAGGAGUGCAGCAGGGGAAAGGUUAACAAGGGGCGCACGUUCCGACUGUAUCAUCUUGUUUACCAGCGGCAGCCAGUGCCAGUAACCAAUCAGAGCUCUUUCUCCAGGAGGGUUGGGUUCUAUGCCGCUUUCUAUUGGCUAAGGCCGACGACGCCUCCACCAAUGAGAACUGCUCACACCAAGAACUGAAUAACAAGCUCAGAAGUACAGGAGAGACCGGACCCCAGAGCUCUGAUGAAAGGCAGGAGCGGAGCCCCUCGUACCGAGCCCAGGGCUGAAUCUCUGGCUCUUCCAAUGGCAAGAACAUGUGUGCCCAGGAGAUGGGUGUGGGAUGCCAAUUGCCUGACCCCGGGUACUGAGUUGUCUCCCUGCCACCGACUUGUCUACUUCCAUACUGACCCAGUCCUGGAGAGCUGCGGCACUGCGAGUGUGCGAGGGAGUACAGGGUUCCUACAUGGAGAGCACUACUGGGAGAUUGAGUUCCUGGAACCCCCCUCUGGACUCUCGGUCAUGGUCGGCGUUGGGACUGGCAGAGCCGCACUGCAUGCUGGGGACUUUCAGUUCAUUAAUUUACUGGGAAGGGAUACAGAGAGCUGGGGACUGUCCUAUAAAGGCAGCGUGUGGCACGGAGGAACCAGCCGCAGAUACACGGAGCCAUUCUACGAGAAAGGGACGGUUAUUGGGGUGCACUUGAACAUGGAUGAAGGAACAUUGACCUUCUAUAGGAACCGGCAGAGUCUGGGCUUGGCAUUCGCGGGACUGCAGAAGGUACAAUCCCCAUUAUAUCCAAUGGUCUCCUCCACUUCACCGGGCACAGAGCUGGCCGUGGGGUUGCAGUUCUCCACUCUGCCCUCCCUGCAGGAGCGAUGCCUCAGCACCCUGGCCCACAGCCUGGAGCAAACGGACAUGGUGGAUUGUCUCCCACUUCCCGCCGCCAUCAGGUGGCUGCUGAAAAGCUGGAAAGAUCACAAAGGUGUGAGCGUCCAGGGCGUCGAAGUGUAACCUGUAAAAGUGGCACCAGUUACACAGCCCUGGGCAUUCAGUGGAACUAGGACCUGCUAUGUAGGAGGCCAACGUGGUUUGGUUAUGGCUGAAACAGGAAGUGCUGCAGUAAAAACAGGAAGUGCUGCAGUAAAAACAGGAAGUGCUGCAGUAAAAACAGGAAGUGACCCAUGGGGCACAGAUCCCACAGAACAAUCCAUGCUACAGUUAAUGGUAUAUCUGGGCACAGUAUCUUUUAUAACAUUUAUACAGACCUCUGUAAUGAUGCUUCUACUGCAAGGGAGAGUGAGCUAUUCAGACGACACUUUAUCAUACCCGCUGCGAGUUCCAUGAGCUUAGGAACCCUGUGGAUAUGGAGGUAUAAUGCUGUUCCUGCAAUGUUCUACAGCGUUGACUAUUGGAAUAUUCCAGUUCCAGCCCCACCUUAGAAGUCCAACUUCUGCUCAGGGCCCCCUUAGCUCAUAACAAGUUUACAGAUAUAUAGAAACAUUGGGGUGUCACCCUGCUAUAGUUCCAGGG